GAGAUAUUUAGUUUUGACGUGAUAUAUUUAGAUAUUGUGAUUACUAUUAUUAUUUAUAACCUGUAAGAAAUAAAAAAUGUGUUGGAAAAGCAAAGGUGAAAAGCGAUAUUAGCACAUAUACGGUGGCAAAACAACAAUAUUCAGGAAUAGAAUGGUAUUACGAAAAAUUAGCUGCCAUAUUUUUCAAGGUUACCGACAUGUUCACAUCAGAAAGAAUAGAUCUUGGGACAACAAAAAUUUUCAGAGAUCGUAUACGGCAUUACCACGACUCACCCCCCAAGAAGUUACAAACAUUUUGCAAGCCAACGAAUAUACCAAAGAAUUUGAUGAUUUAGGUUCUAUAAAAUAUUACGAUUCGAAUCAACUAGCAUCUAAUAAUCCUAUAGAAGAUACACGGUCCGAAGCUCAAUGUUUAUUGACAAAAGGUAUAUUACUAGGUGUUUUCGAUGGUCAUGGUGGUGGUGCUUGUGCACAAGUGGUAUCAAAAAGACUGUUUCAUUAUAUAUCAGCAUGUUUAUUAUCAUCAAAAUUAUUGCAACAAUAUUUAGAUUCCAUCAAUUCUAAGAAAAAGUUAGAAUUACUUCAGACCUUCAAUGACAAGGUGGAAUUUGUGGCUGAAAUCAAAGAUCUUUACCAAACUAGUUUCUUAAAUUUUGCAAAGAACUUAAUACAAUCAGAUAGUAAGACAGAAUUUCAAAUGAAAAAAGCUUUAGAAAAUGCAUUUCUCAGAUUAGAUAACGACUUGUCAAAUGAAGCUUUGUUGCAAUUAAACAAAAAAGAUGCUGCGAGAACUCUUGCAGUUGCAAUGUCUGGUACAGUAGCUGUUGUGGCACAUAUAGAUGGUCCUCAUUUGCAUGUUGCUGGUGUUGGAGAUUGUCAAGCAGUUUUAGGAGUACUUUCAGAAAAUGAUGGAUGGUUAGCUAAAAUGAUGACUACAGAACAUAACAUAGAUAAUCGUGCAGAAGUAGAAAGAAUCUUAUCGGAACACCCAUCAAGCGAAAAGUCAACUGUGAUCAAGAUGGAGAGGCUACUUGGUCAAUUAGCACCUCUUCGUUCACUAGGCGACUUUCGUUACAAGUGGGAUAAAGAUGUCAUGAAGCGAGCUGUAGUGCCGUACUUGGGAGAAACUUCUAUUCCCCCGAAUUAUCACACGCCGCCGUACCUGACAGCGAAUCCGGAAGUCAAGUAUCAUAGACUGACGCCUAGAGACAAAUUUCUUAUAUUAGCCAGCGACGGAUUAUGGGACCUGAUCUCGCCGUUGCAAGCCGUACGCUUGGUUGGAGAACAUAUGAGCGGUAAAGUCACGCUUAGUCCAUUGAGAUUACCUCGCAAGAAUAUGAAACUGUCGGACAUAAACGAGAUGUUGCUUCAACGCAAGGAAGGUCUAAAGAAAAAGCCGCUUGACAGCAAUGCAGCAACGCAUUUACUGAGAAAUGCUUUGGGAGGCACAGAAUAUGGAAUAGAUCACGCAAAAUUAUCGCAAUUGUUAACUCUGCCAAGUGAAGUGGUGCGAAUAUUUCGCGAUGACAUCACUGUGACAGUUAUCUAUAUGGAUUCAGAGUUUCUGAGGCAUUGUCCGCCUUAAAAUCGCCUCUCUGUAAUCGUUAAUUUUAAAUAUUGUAAAUUCAUCAAUUUAUAUAUCCGUAUACAGCUUGUUAUUUAUUUAGUUAACAAUAAAAACAACUUACAUGAAAA